CUGCGAACAGUGACCGGGAUGCUGUGACCGACCCCCCAGCGCUGACAGGCGGCAUGGCGGCGCGCGCGCGCGCCACACACUCUCACUGCUGCUGCGGAGCGCAGACCGCGCGCCCCAAGGGGGCUUCGGCCACGCAGGGUCGUGGCCUCGAGCGGAUCGCCCGCGACGGCAGGCCGAUUGGAAAACGAGAGAAAGACCGGGGGGUCGAUGGUGACGACCCCGCCCCGCGGCGGGCACUAGAUAGGGGUCCACAUUUGGAGGAGGAGGAGGAGGAGGGAGGAAGGAGGGAGGAGGGGGGUGUCCGCGAACCCGCUCAGGCAGUUGACUUUUCCAGGCGCCUACUGCCGCAGGGGGCGACAGUGUUCAAAGGGAAUGCCCCCGGCGGCGGAGACGACACCAGCUGAAUGCAACAGAUCUCGC